ACCGAUAACAAUAUCCGUAAUGGCAAAACAAGUUACUCAACAGCUAGGAUGAUAUCGUAUGACGUAAGUCAACAGCUAUGCAGGAUACCACAUGACGUUACUCAACACCUAGAAGGAUAUCACAUGACGUUACUCAACACCUAGAAGGAUAUCACAUGACGUUAUUCAACAAGCUAGGAUGAUGUCACAUGACACACGACACACGACAACCACAGUAUUCCCGUCAUCAUUAUUAUAAAAUGGAUUAAUAUUUUGGCAAAAUAUAGAACUUAAAGUUGAGUCAUGUUCGGAACCAUUCCUCUGUACUUCAUCAUCGCAAUCAUCGCUGGGUUAAUAGUGGCAGGCGUUGUGGUUGGUUUCUGUUCGUGUUGGAUGUGUAAGCAGUGUUAUCUCUGCUACGAAAAGAAAAAGGAAGCUAGACAACGACGACAGCGGCGUCAACGUAGACAGCGACGUAAUCACAACCGGUAUGACGACGACGACGACGAUGAUGUUUUUGAUGACGACAUCUACCAUUCCCAACAGAAUAUCAGUGGCUACGCGCGACAACAGAAUUCUAGGCCAAUGGCAAAUCGUGUACCAAAGAGUAGUCCUACAGACGCUGUAGUUGUUUCCCCUUCACGCAACAACGAUACAUAUCACAUUGAAGAUGAGCGCGGACCAACCAGAAGUACAACUCGACAAGCUGUUGGCGAUACGAACGCUGCGGGUAGGUCUACAUGUGUCAGACGCCACACCCCUAAACACUUCAACGAUGAAAAUGAGGAAAAGAAAGGAUGUGCAUUGUGUUGCACCUACUGUUGCUGUUGUUGUGACUCACUGGAUGAUGAUUAUUACUACGACUCUGAUGAUGAGGAAAGUGAGUACGAUGAUCAUCCAAACGAAAGAGGUACUUCACCGAAAAGCAUACAUGUUGCGGCGGCUGCAACCCAGAAUUUGUCUAGUUCUGAUGGAAAUACAUCCAAUGACAAAAAUACGGCGACAUCCAAGACAUCCAAGACAUCCAACGACAAACAGAAACAACGCGUUCAAAGUAUAAAAAAUAUAAAAGAACAAAAAGGAAAGGAAAACCUAAAAAAGAAAGAAGAAAAUUCAAAGAAGACGGGUGAUAAGGCAAAAAAGAAAGAAGAGGACAAGGCAAAUGGCGGGCAUUCGUGUUGUGUUGGUUGUUUCAUUCCGUCGGAUAGCUCAGAGUACGAAGAUUCAGAUUUCGAGGAGAGCGAAUUCGAUGAGGAUGAGGAGGGUCUUCGAAGAUCUCUAAAUAACCCGGGCAAUGCAAACGGAGUAGUUGCAGCAACUGCGAGUAAACAAAGGAGAGGAAAAUCAUCAUUAGGUCGUCCUUCAAGUAACAAAAAGAUCAAAGACAAACAGCAACAAACUGAUAAGAAAUCGAUUGAAAAUGACACUGGUAACAAUAAGGCAGUAUGCUGCUGUUUUGGUUAUGAAAGUGAUGAUGAGUAUUACGACGAUUCUGAUGACGAGUUUAGUGAAGAAGAAAGCUAUGACUCUGAUUCGCUCCAAACCCAAGAUAAUAAAGGAGCAUUACCAAUGUCAGGAGCGCAUGCUACAGAUAAAGCAGGAAAGAAGCAGAGCAGGAAAUCCAAAUCUGCAAAGUCAUCGCGUCCUCGAUCGGAGAAAACGAAGAAAUCAAAAGGCAACAAAAAGUGCAGGGGUUGUUUUCUGUGCAAGAUUAAAUGUGUUGGUUGUACAAAUUGUUGCAACAAGAAAUCACAUGAGGAGGAAGAAUAUAGCGACGAUUCUGACGACGAUGAUUACUACGAUAGUGACAGUGAUGGUCAUCAACCAGACGAACCUAGAAUAAGAGACUCAAGACAAAAAUCAACAAGCACCAUAUCUUGUGUGUGUGGCAACAGGUCUGACGAGUAUGACGAUUCUGAUUAUUCUGACGAUUACUAUACCGAUAACGCCGAAGAAGAAGACAAUGCCACUAUCAUAGAUGACAUAACCGUUAUAGCAGCAGGAGGAGCCACUGUAUCAGCGACAGGAGCACACACAUCCAAAUCUAAAACAAAAAGCAGGAAAAACAAGGCAAAAUCAAAGGAGUCAAAAAACAAGGUAAAGAAGAAAAAGGUGUGCUGCUUUGUAAUAAAACGAACAGAAAAAAUAAGUAAACAACCUACCAAAAGAUCGACGAAAAAAUCUAGAAAGAACAAAAUGAAAGAAACAGUUACUAAUCAUCAGAAAAACGAAUCACUGCCAAAACCAAAUGUGAACACGAAAGUGCCUGAAAAGAAACCGACAAUGCCACCGGUACUGGUUGUAGCUGCUUUAAAUGAAACGCCAGAACAAUCCAAGGAUCGUACUGAUAGACAGGUGAACAAUGUACCUGAAUCAACCAAUGAUCGGAUAAGUGAUGAGAAGAGAAGAAAUGAUAACACUCAAACAGGAAAAAAUAAAGAACAAGCAUCGCGAGGUAAUGAAACAGAGAAAAACCCAUUGACGAAAAAAGAAGCAGUGGCGUCGUAUAUGGAAACAAAAUACGGCUCAUCUACACGCAAAGUUGUUUUUGCUGAAGAUGUCAAAAGCUCUAGUAAUGAACAUGUGGCUUCAACAGACAAAAGCGACUUCUAUCAAGAUAACAAUGGUCCGAGCACCAACAAAAAGGCAAAAACUCCAGAACCUGUUCUUUUGACAGUUAAGACUGCGGAGAAAAGGAACGCGGCUAUUUCUGCCUUGUUUUCAUCUAACAAUACCGCAGCAGAAACAAACAAAAUAACAAGUAACAACGGAUCAUCGAAUAAAAGCGUAAAACAAAGCGCCCUAAGUUUAAAUGAUGCGCCUUCUAAUGACUCUAUCAGCGAUGCUCCUGCAUCACCGGAGAAAACAAGAGAAGAAAGAAAAGCAGAACGAAAGGCAAAAAAGAACGAAAAGAAUAUAGCGGUGAUGGCUUUAUUGUCGGGAAACAUUUACCCAAAGAAAGGUAAUUCGAGUUCAGAUCUGACAAUCAACAAUGCUGGCCAGUCGGGGAACCAGCAAAGUUCAAAUAACAAUGCUAGCCAGCCGGUGAACCAGUUAAGUUCAAAUAAUGCUGGCCGUUCGGUAAAUCAGCAAAGUUCAAAUAACAAUGCUAACAAUCAACCAAAUACCUACCAAUCAAGUAGGUCUGAAAACGGUUUGAAACUGGGGCCUAUCGACAGUAACCCCGAACACAUCUCAAAGUCAAACUACAAUCCACAGGGCGAUAAUCCAACGAUCAGAAAUGAUCAAAAUGUCUCUUAUAGACCUGAUAGUGUCAGUACAGUUACGACUAUGUCUGCAGCAACAGUAGCGAAUCAAAACAUGGCAGGGAACAUAGGCCAGAAUAGAUCAGGAGUGACCAAUGACGAUGGUGCAAACAUCAACCAACCUAGAUCGAAGUCUCCCAUAAUUUCGACAAACAGCGAUGGAAAACCUCCCCUUGGUAUUGCCAUUAAGCCGAGAGGUCGUAAAGACUGGAAAGCAGCUGCUGCGCUGGCCGUAGCUAGGGAACAUACAAUUCCAAACAUGAAAACAGAUUGGGACGUAAUGGGAGGUAGCUCGAACAAAGAAAAAGAUAACAAUAAACAUACAUCUAAAUUUGCAGCAAGCGUUUCCGCCGCAAUGGCGAAAGCACACUUCGUCAAGACAAGAGAGACCCGCAAGAACGAGCCUGCUUGGGACCUGUUGGAAGGAAAACCGAAGUACCUCCAAACAGAGGAAGUUACUCCAAAUACACGAAUGCGUAAGAGUAAGAGCUUGAACACACUUUUUGAAAACGAUAAUGACAUAUUUUCUGUAGAAUUACCAACUAAACGACGAAAAAAACGCUCGGAAGAAUUCGAUUGGGAUGAUAUAUCUUCAUUUGCAAGUGACAGAGGAUCUAAUCGUCCGCCACGUGUCAACCAACCCAGUAUAUUGAUGGAUGACAACCAUCCCUAUCACAAACUCUUUGUUUCAAGUAGGGCCCUCGCGACGUACAUCGCUCACAAACAUUCGGCAUUAAAAUUAUUUGAUAAUUUUUCUGACCUGUCACUACGGUAUCACCAUGUCUACUAUAACUCAGAAACUGUAUUGAAAUGUGCUUAAAUCUGGUGUGUCUUGCGUACAAUCUCCACCCAAGAGAUAUAAGUCAUAUACAUUCAAUUCGCCACUUAAGUUGAUACUAUCAUCCUACGCUGAGGUAACUAGCCAAUAAUUGUCACUGAAUUGAAGUACUUAAUAUCGUGGAUCAGGUGGGUGUCAUCACCUUUCAUUGCCGAGAACUGA